GGGGAGUCCUGACUUCGGGAAAAUCUGCACAACCUGGACAACGCCUGGGCUCGGUAUCAAGCAUUGGUCAACGGGAGGCAAGUGUAAGAAUUUUGGCAGGAAGUGCGUUUGUCACUAAGGGAAGCAAAGCCGGUGCGAGCAACCGCAAUCAUGCAGUGUUCUUCCCCCAAGCCCUCCCCUUCGCCUUCGAGGCGCCGUUCGCCCAACCGCCGCGCCUCGCCCCCUCGGCUGAACCUCCCUUCGCACCCACUCGUCAUCGGUGUCCUGGCGCUGCAAGGCGCCUUUCGUGAACACAUCACGCUUCUGCACAAGGCAGCUCGGGUGCUCGACCUGCCUUCCUCUCCCUCAGCGUCCACCGCCUCCUCGCCUUCCAACGCCUUUUCCUUCUCGGCGAUCCUUGUGCGAAACGCACAGGACCUCGCCGCUUGUCAUGCACUCAUAAUUCCCGGUGGAGAAUCCACUGCGAUCGCGCUGGGCGUGCAGCGCGCUGGCAUGUUGCGCGAGUUGAGGACAUGGGUCGCCGAUGACCGGCCGACGUGGGGGACGUGUGCCGGCAUGAUCAUGCUCGCGAGAGAAGCCAGUGGCGGUAAGAGAGGCGGCCAGGAGUUAAUCGGCGGUAUGGACUGCAGAGUGGGGAGGAAUGGUUUCGGAAGCCAGGUGGACUCGUUCGAGACCCAACUGAACAUACCAGCGCUCGGCCCUGAGCCAUUUCCAGCGGUUUUCAUCCGCGCUCCGGUCGUUGACUGCUUACUAGAUCCUGUAUCAGAAGCAGAGGCUGCCGCAAAUGACCAUGCUUCAGCAGGGCAGAGUUCAAGCACAAUGACUACGACGAAAGCGACAGAGACUACUGGAGCGCUGCCACUCAUCAUCGCACCGUCGCUCUUGCCGUACCGUUCAUGCCGUCCCAAAAGUCAAGAAGCCCCGUCAAUAUCGAAUCACGGAUCGUCUUGGCGCCCACCGAUGGAGAUCCUCGCUGCAUUGGCGGCGCCGGUCGUCUCUUCCGCGCAUUCCCCCGUCGCUGAUGCUUCCUCCCACGGCGCCUCACCACGAGCAGAGAAGUUGGUACUGACAGCCAGCGUACCCCGCCCGCCGGUGGAUACGCAGAUCGUGGCGUUGCGCCAGGGCAACCUCGUCGCUACGUCGUUCCAUCCUGAGCUGACAAACGAUGUGCGACUGCAUGCGUUUUUCAUCCGCGAUGUCGUCUUGCCAUCGCUUGUGCGUCCAUGAGUGGUGGCGAGCAUGGUAGUCCUGAGACAUCCGUUGAUGUCCAGGACGAACAGCGUGGCACAACAGACAAAAGAUAGAGACGGCAUGAUUCGAGCAUGCAUAGAACAAGUGAGCACAGUUAUUAGACAAAACACGUACGGACCAAUGUAGAGCAGAUUCCCAAUGCAAUUCAGGCACAUCUCGUAACCCAGGGACGGCCACCCUGUUGCCCUGUGUAUGUUUUAGAAAAGAAGAGAGGCAGCAUGUUCAAGUUCACAACGGCACAUCCAUGAUCGCGAUUGCUGACUGCAAUCGCAUCAUUCUUCUGCAUUACCAACCUCUGGAGAUUGCGUUGGUCUGGCGUGCGUCAGAUGCGACACAGAAAGAGCCCGAUCCAUGGCGCCGAAAAAUGAAAAUGCCCUUGGAGUUUAUAAAAGGGAUCUCACCGCUUGUGCUCGGGAAUCACAGCUAUCGUCAAUUGUGGCGAGACGCAAGACGGACCAUG